AUGCAUGUAUCCUCCACACCAUGCAACUUACACCGAAAUCGACCCACUGGCACUUACCGGAGACCAAAGAAGACCAAAACUCAGAGCCGCAACCCUGGGCAGAGAACCGCAAGGGAGAGCGUCCCGGCGCACACCUUGCACCUCCAGAGGAAGAAGCCCCAAGAUCAAGCUGGCACUGCACCGCACCGCGACACCGGUAGUGAAGCUACCGAAGCUGAACCGACAAGAACCAGACCCAGACUCAAGCAUGGGGUAGAAGGCACGACAAGCUCUGAACCAAAGCAGCGAGCCUGCAAAAUCAAGCUAGGUGGGACUGUGAAAUACCUGUGA